AUGCUAUUCUUGGCACGAACCCCAUCUGAUAAAAUGUAUGAGGUAAGCGAACGAGGGCUCUCAAAGCCGGGCUGUCCCCCGCUUGCCUGCCGUCACUCGUGGGGGAGGGGGUACGUACCUGGCGCCCUCCCCCCCCCGAAGGCCUCCACUUCUUACGGUUCCGUCUCCGUCUUCUCCGUUCAUCAACUUCCUUCGGCAUCUCAACCUCCCUCCGUCACUCUCAUUGUGUCUCCCUUGCGACAAACCACAGUCCUUCCUCUAGCCCAAUCCAAACCCAAGCCAAAAUCAUCAUCCGAUUAUGACCUACACCCCGGCAGGCUUAUUGCUUCUCUUGCGCCCGCGCCCGCCCUGUGUCCGAUCUUCGACCGGGACGGCCAGCUCACCGUCUGCAUCGCCACACCAAGCGUCUUGGCUGGCGCCUCUGCUUCUGCCAGUCAUGUUUCCGUUUCACAACACAAUUUCCUGAUUCAUGCCAAGCCAUUUUUUAUAAUUCUCUUGUCCUCAUUCAAGGGCUGCUAGCGGUCAUUCCUCAUGUUCUCAUUACGACUAGUUUCCCACACAGAGUCUUGGCUCAUCCCGUCAUUUCACAGGCAAUCAACC